AUGAAUACCACUGAUUCAUUUGCUAGUAAUCGUGCACCACCAACCCUGUCUGCUUCACCACCACCAGACUGUGCUUUAACAGUGACUCAAUCUCAAUUAGUCUCAAUCUCACUGAAGCCUGUACCACAGAACUCAUCUCCAGAUAGCCCUGCUGGGUUGGCUGCCUAUUGCUCAACAAUCACAGGCGCUGACCCUUCGAGCCUGUCUAUUCCAGAAUUCCCCCGUUGGCAAGCUCAUGCCAAGAACUUGUCUCUCCCCACAUUAACACCCUCUGAUUUUCAACAAAAGCAUGUUGCCCUCCAUCUAUCACAGGCCUGUCUCUGGGGAGACUCUGCAACCAAGCAUGUAGAGGCCAGUGACAUGUCUUUCCUUGGCCCUAUGAUUUUGGAGAAGAAAGAAAAGGAUCAGGGACGAUUUCCAAAUCAAAUGUGGUCAGAAUAUGAACUGACGUCUUCAAAGAAUUCACUGCAGCCAUGUGCUGAUGAGCAGUACACCAAAGCCCCCCAAACUGGCUGGAACACUGAAGGCAAACCAGAACAGCUCCCCAUUUCUCAACAUCUAUUAUAUAUCAAACUUUUGGGGGAAAACUUCCUGCAGAAUUAUAGCCAGCUGUUCUGGGGUCUCCCCUCUCUGCACAGUGAGUCCUUAGUGGCUACUCUCCUUGUCUCUGGUAGUUAUUCCCCGCUAGAUUGUCCCUUUGUCUUAUUCAAUGGAAUCUGUAAGACUCCCACAGUCCAAAUGAAGGAUAAAGUAUCCUCACCACUUCCCAAGACCCAACCCCUUCCCCUUCCCAAUGUAGAACUCCUACCCUUACCUCCAACCCAGGCCCAACUACAGCCCCUACAUCUCACUCAGGUUCAGCCCCAGGUCCACCUCCAAUCCCCAAUCCCAAUCCUGCCAUCAUAUUCUCCACCCCAGAUUAGGUCCUGUGGAGUGUCUUUCCACAGGGCACUGAAUGAUGUACAGUCUCUCAUUCCAACUGCAAUUCCUCAUCUGGAAUGGCACUUGUUGCAGAAACAACAGGAAAAUUUGUGGGAUUUAGCCCCUGUGCUCCAGCAAUCUCAAGAAACCUUUUGCCUUUCAGCUGCCAACAUUCCACUGUCCUGUCAGUCCUCUGAGGUCUAUGUUCCAACAUCCAUCCUUCCUCAGCCUUUUCCUAGGAGUAGAAAACCCCAGGAAGAACUGGAGUUCAAUGUUCCAAAGAGGUUAAUCCCAAACAAGUCCCUCCUGGCUUCUAGGAGUCAACAGUCCCUAGAAAUGCAGCCUCAGUGCAAAUUAACAGAAAAAUCUCAGCAGAAAUGCAGCCGUGAGCUCCCACAAUUCUCUGAGUUUCUGGGCCAGAGCAGUAGCAACCUAGCAAAGAUUGAAUUGAGUCAACGAGGAAGUUUCCAUGAGGAGGUCUCAUCCAAGUGUCAUCUAAGGAAAGACAUGGGGAAGAAUCUUGGGCACAGUCUGAGGGAGGGCCCCAAAGACAACUCAUCACAAUUCUCAGAAAAGUACAUAGUGAAGGGUCCGGGUGCAGCCUUUGAGAAGGAGACAGUAAGUGACUGCAUAAGCCACUCAAGGAAGGACUCAGGAAAUGAAUUAUUAACUGUCUCAAGGGAUUACAUAGAUGAGAAUAAAAGGAAGAGCAUCCUACAGUGUCAUUUGUGGAAGAAGUUUUGGCAGAUCACUGAGGAUAGAAUCCCUUUAGCUGUGUGUCGUUCAUGGCUUGCUGACAUCAAUACAUCACCUCCUCCUGAGUGUUCUCAUAUCAAUAUGGAAGACAGAAAUUUGGAUCCAUUGGUUGCGGGUGACUACCACCCAACUACCACUCUGCAGCUUUCUUUCCUUGACCUUAACACCCAAGAGGUGCUAGAAGACCAUCUUUUAAGAUUUCAAUUGAGUCAGAGGUGGGGACUGCCCCUCAAGGUUCUAGAAUCCGUAAAAUUCUAUGCAUUGAGAAAAGCCCAACCAUGGGCACUUCCUCAAAUCAACUUUCCUUCCUCAGCCACUCUAAUUUCUGGGGUCAACUCCAAAGCCAAGAUUUCCAAGACCUUUAGAAGACACACUCAAGCUUUUCAAGGAGAUGAGGUGCUAACAACAAUUUCAGUCCCCAUCCUGGAUCAUUCUCUCCCUGCUACCUCAUCUGUGGGCAUGAAAGGACAGGGUGCCAAGAGACAAUCACCCUCUGAUAUUGAUCAUGAACUUGUAGAGGACUUCCAGACAGCUGAGGAUGGUAGACAGAUGUUUCUGCCCUUCACGUAUAGCACCGUAGACAACAUGUGUCAGAGUGAGACUGUAACAGCCAAAAGACACAGUCCAGAGUUGCUUGCCAGUCAAGACAGGGCUGGAUAUCAGCCAAGGGACCAGCCAGUAAGUUCCAGUAAUAGAGUAGAAAUGCUUCAGGACAAAAGGAUGUUGGACAUAAAGUUAAAACAUUUUCUCUGGGCCAAUGUGUCUAGGGAGAUAUUUAAGGCUAGGGAGCUCUGUGCUCUGGAAUCACAAUCUAGUAACAUCUGGACAACCAGUGAGCUGGGAAAAUCCCGAAUGAAAAAUGUAGAUAUGAGCAAAUUAGAAACUACUCUGAUCACUGAAUGCCCCCCGUUGCCAAGAAUAUCGGUUUCCCAAGAUCCCAAACUAUCAUACCUGCAAAAGCAGCUGAUUAAUGAGUUAAAGUUUAAAUUUGAGCGUAAGGAGCCUAGCCAGGCUCAAGAUUGUCCCACUGACCUGUCCCUUACAUCAGACAGCUUGUCUUCCAAGUCCUUAGUUUCCAAGGUGCUGUGUGCCCAGUUGGAGGACAGAGCAAUCAGCAUGGAGCAGGGGCAGCAGCCCUGGUUCCCUAUACAUGUCUCAGGGAUGUGCCAGGAUAAGAAUUUCCCACCAGCUGCAAAGAGAAGGAAACUUCAAGGACCCAAAGCAGGAGAAUAUGGAAGAGAGAAUUCAGGAUUAGGGACAUCCAAAGUCAGAUGGAAGAGCCACCCUACCCAGAGCAGGAUACCAGAGGAGAUGCUUUGGAAGAUGUCUUCCCUGUCCUUAGCACAGAAGGAACAGUCUCCUCCUGAAAGCUGCUUCAGAAAAUUGAUAAGGCAAUUUCUUCAGUGGCUCCAUUCCAAGUGCAAAAGCCUAAGGCUGGGCAGUUCCCUGCAAAAAGCCAAGUCCAUGCUGGCCUCUGUGAAGCGCCUACGCCCAGUUGAAAAUAAAGCUGUCUUGAUGAGCUGUGGGACUCCUGAAGCUCAGAAACUCAUGACAGCCAUUGGGAAUAUGCUAGAAGAGAAACUCAGAUGUAGCCAUGGACUUCAGGCCUCAGCAUUAAGUCAGCAGGAGGCAGAACUGCAGGAGCAGACAAAGUUGGAAGUGGGGCCUUCUUCCAGCUACAGAAUUCCCUUCUGUGAAGUGUCAGGUACUGACACUAGCAGCCAAGAGUCUGUGUCGGCUGGUUCCAGCCGUCCUACACGUGUUAGACGGAUCAGAGGCAGGGAAAGACACCCCCAGAAUGUUCUGGGAUUUGAGGACCAGCUCUUGUGUCAGAGCUAUCCCCCAUCCAUGGCUCUCAGGGAGCCUGAGUCCCCUUCAAGCCCCACCUGCAUGUCUCAAGAGUGCCAGGUGCCUCAGGCCGUCUUCCCCACUGCUGAAGCAUCUAGUUGGUGCUCUGAGACUUCCGGAGGCACAAAGGAUGAUGGGCGGGAUUUCCGUAGGGGAGGCCCCGCCCAGCGUGCUCUGGGGGGCGGCGCUACAGCGGCGCAUCCACGUCCAGGGGUUGGGACUGAGGGCGCUACUGUUUGGCUCCGUGGUGGCGUCAGUGGCAAAAGGCUUCCUUUCAGGCCUCUGGAUUAUGUCACCGCUUCUGGAAGACAAAAAUUGAGAUUUGUCUCCAAGACAGCGCUGGCAAAGGUUUUUGGAUGCCUGAGUUAUGUCUGUUCUGCCCCUCCUGAAGGCUUCUGCGGUCCCUUCACCUUGGGGCUCCACCCUCCACCCCCUCUACGGGGCCCAGACCUCAGACGGUGCUCAGAUCUGGCUUCGGAGCUGGGACUGCUGGAGAUGGGCCCCUCCUCUGCAGGCAUUCAAGGGGGCUCAAAUUCGACCUCAGCUGAGGGAGGGCUGCGCCACGUCACUAGUCUGCGCCAGCCCUCCAGGGAAGCCCUGGAUCACUGGGCCGUGAAGGGGCGCUCCUAG